AUGCCACCCUUCAAGGAUGAGCAUAUCCUUAUUAUUGCGCCAGGCUCACAAACUACUCUUGCUCAACUAGGUCUUCCCGAAUCCUUCACUCCACCACAACGGCGAUUCCCUACACGUAUGUUUCUAGCUCCUGAUGGGAAAACAUAUGAGCCAUACAAAAUUCGGCCGAAAAAGAAAGAUGCCUCAGCUACAACAAACGGUGAUACCGAGAUGAGGGGACUUAAAGAAAACAAGACAGAGGAGGAAGAAGAAUUAGAAGAGGUUCCUGAGGAUGAUGAAGGCGCUAUUUGGCCAUUGAGAGAGGGUCGAAUUGAGAACCUCCCUGCCUUUUGCGCCUUUCUACAUCAUGUUCACAAUCAGUUGUCGCCAACUCUUCAUACUCCUGUUAUGUUGAUCGCACAACCUUCGUGGACGGCCAAGAAUCAUGAAGACCUUACUCAAUUCAUAUUUGAAAAGUUCAGAACUCCGGCGCUUUGCAUUAUGGACAGUGCACUGGCAACUUCAUAUGCAUUUGGAAUUGCAAACUCAACGGUCAUUGAUGUAGGAUUUGAAAAGGUUGACAUUACUGCUGUCACGGAUUUCCAAAUAAGCGGUAGAGGAAAUGUACCACAGUCGGGUGGAGAGGCUAUGACAUUGCGUUUGCAAGAGUUACUCAAGUCGAAGGGUUUUACGAGGGAUAUGGCGGAGCAAUUGAAGAGGAGCCCAAUUUGCGAGAUCUUACCUCCCGGAACCCCUCUACCGGGAGGUGAUGAGAAUGUUGAGGCGGUAAGCAACCCUGCCGCUGCGGCCUCCACUGGUGCACCUUCUUCUGGACCAAAUGUUAGGGUUACGGAAGCUCCUCGCGGGCCAGGGCACAAUACCGAGGUGGGAGAAGAAGAUGCCAUUAAUGGCGUCGAUGUUACAGAGGAUGAUGGCGUUUUAGAUGUUGCCAGUAUUGUGGCAAGUGGGAAAACCCAAGAGUAUCUGGCGAAGAUCGAAAAGGAGAAAGCUGGAAAAGCUUCCAAGAAAGCACAGAAGGAUAAAGAGGCAGCGGAUGCAGCAGCAGCUAAGCCAGUGAGGUUACCAAAUUCAAAAAGACCUCGCGCCACGUUCCACUACGAAUCAUCUCUUCCUGAGCCAGAUACAAAACGCCAAAAGACACCUGAGCCAGUAACUACAGCGAAUCAUGAAGGAGCACCGUCUCCUACUGAUGGUACCAACAAAACUACCGACACAACCACAGAACCCCUCAUUGAGGCUGCAACAAGUACCGAUCCGGCUGUUGCGGUAGACGGGGCUGUAGCUCGUGAACAAGCAAAGACUGCACGUAGACAGAAAGCUUGGGAAGAUGAGCACCCAGACCGCAUGAGGAGAGAUAUUGAUAUCGGCUUAGAACGAUUCCAAGCAGCAAGUGAAAGCUACAUGGACGCCAUCGCCGAUACUGUCUACAGGACAAUUCUUUCCGUCGAUGAUAUUUCCAAACGCCAAGAUGCUUGGGACUCUUUGAUCAUCUGUGGAUCAGGGUCAAAGGUCAGAGGCUUCAAGGAUGCGCUGCUUGCCAUCCUCAAUAACCGAUACCUCAUUUCACCAAGCUCUGCAACCAUGUUCAUGAGCGAACUCCCAUCAAACCUAGCAACACCUACUGGCACAGGGUCCAUGACACCUAAUGCUUCUUUCUCCUCGACACCACAUCCAGUACCCUCAGCCAGUGCGGUCAAUCCUUUACUCCUUGCAGCGACUACUGCAUCUAAUCCUGCACUUAAUCCUAAUAAUUCAAUUACCUCAUUCAACGGCGGGGCAAAUGCUCAGCAUUCAUCACACUCCCAGUCGCCUACUAGCAUCAAGGUCGCCAAUCCUCCAGGAUAUUUCCCAGAGUGGAAGACUUACGAAGAGGCCGUGUUCUUGGGAUCUCAAGUAGCUGCCAAGGUGAUAUUCGUUGUAGAUCAAGGAUUGUCAAAGGGAUUUUUAUCACGAGUUGAUUUCAAUGAAGAGGGACCAACUGCUAUUCACCAAGUUGGACUUGUGUAUUGA